CCUCCCCCCCCCUCGCUCUCAGCAUGGCGGCCUCCAUGCCCGUGCUGGAUGUGGCGGUCCCCGCGGGCCCCGCGGUGUCCCUGGUGCCCGCGCCUCACCCCCCGAACCCCGUGCCGCUGGCCGCCUCGGGCCCCGGGCACGCCUGGAACUGGCGCGCCGCGCUGGCGGUCGGCGCGCCGCUGCUCGUGGUCGGGGCGGCCGCGUACCUCGUGUGGCGGCGACGCGCGCUCGGCAAGAGGCGCGAGCCCGAGGGCAGCGCCAGUCCGCCCGGGCCGCCCUCGCUGCCCAGCGGCAAGGGGGGCGGCGAGGCCAAGGAGAGCGAGAGCGAGGCGGGCAAGAGCGGCGAUGAGCAGACCCCGCUGGAAAAGGCACAUGCCGCCAAGAAUCGUGGGAACCGACUGUUCAAGGCUGGGCGCUUUGCGGACGCUGUUCAAUGCUACAGCCAGGCCAUCACCCUGGGUGUAGGUGCCACCAAAGAGGAACUCGCAACCUUUCACCAGAACCGCGCGGCCGCCCUGCAACAGAUGGGAGACUGGGACGCCGUGCUGUCUGACUGUGACCGUGCGCUGGAGCUGCACCCGCGUUACGUGAAGGCCCUGCACCGGCGAGCACGCGUGCACGAGCAGGCCGGCAGGCAUGCCCUCUGCCUGGAGGAUAUCACAGCAGUGUGCAUCCUGGAGGGAUUUCAGAAUCAGCAGUCCAUGCUCAUUGCUGAUCGCGUUCUUAAGGAGCUGGGCCGCGAACGGGCACGUGAGCGAUACAAGGACCGUGAGCCAGUGUUUCCUUCAGCCCAGUUCGUGCAAUCCUACUUCAAUUCCUUCAACGAGGACCCCACCCUCAUCUCCGAGACCGAUGGCACAAACCCCAUCCAGGAUGGCGCUCCCAGCUCCGCGUACGAGCGGGCCUGCGAGCGCGUGCGUGCCGGCGAUUACACGUGUGUCAUCGCGCUCUGCGACGAGGAGCUGGGCGAUGGCUCCGGCGAGGGCCCCUGGGGGCCCAGGGCGCAGCUGCUGCGCGCCACCUUCCAGCUGCUGUCGGGCAGCGCGGUGGCCGCACAGGUCGACCUCGACCAGCUCAUCGACAGCGAGAACGUGCCAGUUAAGGUGCGUGUGAACGCCCUCAUCAAGCGCGGUAGCAUGCACAUGCAGUCGCAGGAUGUGGCGCGCUCCGUGCAGGACUUUGCCCGUGCCCUGGAGCUCGACCCCAGCAACGCCGACGUGCACCACCACCGCGGACAGCUGCACAUCCUGCUGGACCGCGUGGACGAGGCGAUGUCUGACUUUGAGGAGUGCGUACGGCUCAAGCAGGACUUUCCCCUCGCACGCGCCCAGCGUUGCUUCGCUCAGUACCGGGCAGCACUGUCCCACUCCAGUCCCUCGGAGAUCCAAGCAUCCAUGAAGGCAUUCGACAAACUCAUCCGCGACUGCCCCCGCUGUGCCGAGGCGUACGCGCUCUACGCACAGGCCCUCACGGAUCAGCAAAUGUUUGACCGUGCCGACGAGAUGUACGACUCCUGCAUUCAGCUGGAACCGAACAACGCCACCACUUACGUGCAUAAGGGACUCCUGCAGCUGCAGUGGAGGCAAGAUCUGGAUGCGGGCGUGCGUCUCAUCUCCCGCGCCAUUCAGAUCGACCCCAAGUGCGAUUUUGCCUACGAGACCCUCGGCACGAUUGAGGUUCAGAGGGGUAACCUGACACGUGCAGUGCAGCUGUUCGAGGAGGCAGUGACGCUGUCCAAGUCUGAGAUGGAGAUGGCACACCUGCUGUCCCUGUGCCACGCAGCACAGGCCCAGCUGGCAGUCGCAACCAAAUAUGGGCUCGUGCCAUCCAAUGUCUGAUUAUGCAAACACUUCACCUCUCAUGCCACGUACACACAACAUCGCUUCUCGUCACUAAGUCUGAUUGCACGCGCACGCCAACGCCACCACUCGCACCACACAUAUGCUACCCAACAUCUGACUGUGUGCACGGCUAAUGGCUCUCAACCACAUUUAUGCAACUGAAUAAUCAGUGAGCCCCAAUGUCCAGGUCUCUCCUGCCCCAUUUUAUGUUGUAAUUAAUUAUAACAUUUUUCAAGAGGACUCUACUUUGGCAUUUUAGGCCAAUUCCUCUUUCAGGAGUGCUGUCCAUGUGGGAGAAAACCCACACAUGGAAGGGGGGUUAACAUCCAAAAGUCUACACAGAUGAGUUCACAAGCCUACUUUGCCAUAUUACCAUCUGAUGGCCAUAUGACAGCCAGCCUGCCCAGAAGAUUUAGUGUUUCACAAAUGUAUGUGAUCCUCCAACUCGUGCCCAGAAAGCACUUGAUCAAAGAAGCAACUCGUGCACACCUGCUAUUCAUCCGACCAAACAUUAUCUUGCGUGAACCACCACAUGCUGCACCACCGCACAUAGGCAUCAUAACACAGCAUCUUGUCAUACAUCACACCAAUGGACAGGUCGACAGCACCAGAUGCCAUUGUAGGAAGCAUGAGAAUGAAUGUUAUAAUGUGAAAAAAUAUUUAGUUGCACUGUUAACAUAUCGCAUCAGUCACGUCCCAUAAUGUUUAUCCUGCAUCUCUUGUGUGUAACCCGAGCAGUGUCUGUUACCAUUUGUGAUAUUACCACCCUCAUAAAAUCAUUUUCCGAACGCCAAACAA